CAACAUACAAGUAACUCAAAAAUUGUUUUGAGGAGCUUCUAGCCGUUGCCGAAGAACAAUGAGGCGGAGGUGGUGAUCACAAUCGAUUGCAGAAGGAAGGCGUCCCCGUUGGAAGUGUUGGGACUGUCGUUCGUUGGUUACGAGGUCCAUACUGAGAUUUCCGACCUUGAGGGUAUAGCAGCUACCAGAGCUGAAAGUUGAUCGUUUUGAAACAUCCCCAUGCAUAUGAAAAUGCAGAAUGCUUCCCACCUACCACCACUUAUCCGGUUCCAGAUCCAAAGGAAGCGCCAUCGGACAUCAUCAAAUUCCGUCAUGGAUUCCAAUAAUCCCGGAGUGGGAUAUCAAAGACUCGAACUUUUAGCUCAAAGCCUUCGCCUUUAUAAACCAAUUUCAGGAAUUUCAGAAAUUCCAAAAAUUUUGGAUUCUCCUGCAAGCCCCCACGUCCCAGAUCAGAAACUCGACAAAGCCGCAGUCUUAAUCUGUCUAUUCGAAGGAAAUGGCGGCGAUCUUCGAGUGAUACUCACCAAACGUUCCUCAAAUCUCUCUUCUCACUCUGGUGAAGUAGCAUUGCCGGGUGGGAAAAGAGAAGAAAGUGAUGCAGAUGAUGUGGAGACUGCGUUGAGGGAGGCCAAGGAGGAGAUUGGCUUAGACCCUUCUCUCGUUGAUGUUGUUGCUGUUCUUGAACCAUUUGUGACCAAGCGUCGCAUGACGGUAGUCCCUGUGGUUGGUAUUCUUUAUGAUGAGGAGGCGUUUAGUCCAACUCCCAAUGCAGCAGAAGUUGAAGCAAUAUUUGAUGUUCCCUUGGAGAUGUUCCUCAAGGAUGAAAACCGAAGAGCAGAAGAGAGAGAAUGGUUAGGAGACAAGUAUUUGCUCCAUUUCUUUGACUAUGAAGCAGAAAAAGAGAAGUAUACGAUAUGGGCAUUAACAGCAGGGAUAUUGAUCGAGGUUGCAUCAGUUGUUUACCAGCGACCACCUGCAUUUCUAGAGCGCAGGCCAAACUUCUGGAGUAGCUAUUAAGAGAGCCAGCUGACUUGUAGGUCCAUAGUGUUCUCUUCACUUUCAUCGUUUUGAUAUCUAUUCUUACUCAUACGAUGAAGUUCGUUCAACAUGAAAGGAUUGUAAUUCAAACAUCUUUAUCUUGAUUAUGUUCAUUAGUCUGAACAAACUGACAAGAAAUUAGCAUUUCAGUUGCAAGCGGUAAACACAUGGGGUAGAGCAAUUCCCUUACGUAUACCAUUUGGUGGCCAAAAAAAGUAUCACCAUUUUUGUGAUAGAUCAAUCAAUAGUAAACAAGAAAUAUAUGCAAAUAAAAGAAAGGGUUUGUC